CGUGGGUUUGGUCUCACCAAAAAUCAGAAAUAUUGAGAGAGAGAGAGAGAGAGAGAGAAAGAGAGAUGGGAGUGGUGAUAAUAGACGGCUCGACGGUCCGAUCCUUCGUGGAAGACGAAGAACAGUUCAAGAAUAGCGUGGACGAGCGUUUCGCAGCCGUAGAUCUGAACAGCGACGGCGUUUUGUCUCGAUUGGAGCUUCGUAAGGCGUUCGAGUCGUCUCGACUUAUAGAGACUCACUUCGGCGUGGACGUGGCUACGCCGCCGGAGGAGCUGACGAAGCUAUACGACUCCAUCUUUGACAAGUUCGACUGCGACAAGAGUGGUACGAUCGAUCUAGAGGAGUUCCGAUCGGAGAUGAAGAAGAUCAUGCUUGCCAUUGCCGAUGGUCUCGGUUCCUCUCCCAUCCAGAUGGCUCUCGAGGAUUGUUGUUGUUGUUGGAACUGAUUUCGAACCACAGCUUUAUGUGAUGGAGAGAAAACUGCUGGAGGUGCAACCUGAUCGGAAAAUCGAUUAGAUGAGACCUCUGUGGAGAAAAGCUCAUCCAGGAUUGAAGGGGUCAGGGUUUUUGACCGAAU